GGGAAACCCAAUAGACUGACGAAGAAGAGAAAUGAGCUAAAUCCCUACUGCUCAUCGUUUCACCACAAACCCUACAAACCUUAUCUCAAGAUCAUUUUAGUCAGGAAGGAUGGAGAUAUCUUCAUCUUUGCCACCCAUAAUUAUAAAUUCAGAUCAGGCCAGCCGUCGAGAUUAUGCUAUCACAACUAGAGCCGGGCUUGGGAGGACAGGUAGCCGAAUUGAAUUGUCUUCCAAUCACUUCAAUGUUUCUGUGAGACAGCCGGAUGUAGUGUUUUACCAGUACACUGUUAGUAUCACCACAGAAGACGGCAAAGAUGUCGAGGGGAAAGGAAUAGGCAGAAAGCUUAUUGACCAACUUUACAAGACUUACUCUUCUGAUCUCGAUGGUAAGAGGUUGGCCUAUGAUGGAGAGAAGACUUUGUAUACUGUUGGUCCUCUGCCACAGAAAGACUUUGACUUUCAGGUCAUCUUGGAAGGUUCAUUUUCAAAACGUGACUCUGUUGUCUUCGACGGUGGUAGUCCUUCUGGUACUUGCAAGAGAUCAAAGCGCUCUUUCCUGCCAAGAAGUUACAAGGUUCAAAUACAGUUUUCUACAAAAAUACCGUUUAAGAGUACUCUUGACACUCAGAGAAGAGUUGAUACACCAGAUAAGAACGCUCAUGAUCCACUUAGAGUGCUUGACACUGUACUGAGGCAGCAAGCAGCUGAAAGGGGAUGUCUUUUGGUCAGACAGGCAUUUUUCCAUAACGAUAAGAACUCUGUUGAGGUCGGGGAAGGCGUAGUAGGUAUUCGAGGUUUCCACUCCACCUUCCGUCCUACCCAUGGAGGACUCUCGCUUAACAUUGAUGUGUCAACAACUAUGAUUCUAAAACCGGGUCCUGUUAUUGAAUUCCUGAAAGCCAAUCAGAAUGUUAAGUUACCAAGACAUAUCGACUGGAAUAAGGCCAGGAAAAUGCUUAAAAAUCUGAGGGUAAAGGCAUCACACCGUAACAUGGAAUUCAAAAUUAUAGGUUUAAGUGAGAAGCCGUGCAACCAGCAACUGUUUUCAAUGAAGAUUAAAGAUGGUGAGCGUGCAGGAGAGACUAAAGAGAUUACUGUGUAUGAGUAUUUCAAGCAAACUUACACAGAUCCUACUGAAUCUGCGUACUUCCCAUGCCUUGAUGUUGGCAAGCCAAAUCGCCCCAACUAUCUCCCACUGGAGUUUUGUAGUCUUGUAUCUCUACAACGUUACACAAAAGCAUUGUCAGGGUGGCAAAGAGCUUCACUUGUUGAAAAAUCAAGGCAAAAACCUCUAGAGAGAAUUAAAACGCUCAAUGAUGCAAUGGGCACCUACCGCUAUGAUGAAAACCCGUUCUUGGCUGGAUGUGGCAUCUCUAUUGAAAAACAAAUGACUCUAGUCGAAGGCCGGGUUCUCAAUCCCCCAAUGCUGAAGUUUGGAAAUAAUGAGGAUUUCUUACCUCGCAAUGGACGGUGGAACUUUAACAACAAGAUACUUCUUGAACCAAGAGCUAUUAAGGACUGGGCUGUCGUCAACUUUUCUUUUCCAUGCGACAUUAGUCGCCUUUCUCGUGAGCUCAUAAGCUGCGGCAUGAGGAAAGGCAUUGAAAUUGAUCGGCCUUUUGCACUAGUUGAAGAGGAUUACCAGUAUAGAAAAGCGGGUGCUGUUGAAAGGGUAGAAAAAAUGAUUGCAAAGAUGCAGUCAAAAUUUCCUGUCGAUCCUCCAUUUUUCGUCCUCUGUGUCCUGCCAGAACGGAAGAAUUCAGAUAUCUAUGGUCCCUGGAAGAAAGUAUGUCUCACUGAAGCAGGGAUCAACACGCAAUGUAUCUGCCCUACCAAGAUCAAUGACCAAUAUCUCACCAAUGUACUCCUGAAGAUAAAUUCUAAGCUUGGAGGCAUCAAUUCUCUGUUGGGAAUAGAGUACUCUUGCAACAUUCCAUUGAUAAACAAAAUUCCCACCUUAAUCUUGGGUAUGGAUGUAUCUCAUGGAUCUCCAGGUCGUGCAAGUGUUCCUUCAAUAGCAGCGGUUGUUGGUUCAAAAUGCUGGCCCAAUAUCUCAAGGUAUAGGGCAGCUGUAAGAACCCAGUCUCCAAAACUGGAGAUGAUUGAUUCGCUCUUCCAGCCUGUUGAGGACACUGAGAAAGAAGACAAUGGUAUCAUGAACGAAUUGUUUCUAGAAUUUUACCAGACAAGCAACAAACGAAAGCCGAAGCAGAUUAUCAUUUUCAGGGAUGGAGUAAGUGAAUCACAGUUUAACCAAGUCCUGAACAUUGAGGUGGACCAAAUUAUAAAGGCGUAUCAACGUCUUGGUGAAACCGAUGUGCCAAAAUUCACUGUCAUUGUGGCUCAGAAAAACCACCACACCAAGUUGUUUCAAGCUAGGGGUCAUGAGAAUGUUCCUGCAGGAACCGUCGUUGACACCAAGAUUGUACACCCGACAAACUAUGAUUUCUACAUGUGUGCUCAUGCAGGAAUAAUAGGAACUUCAAGGCCGGCUCAUUAUCAUGUUUUGCUCAAUGAGAUUGGUUUCUCUCCCGAUGACUUGCAGAAUAUCAUCCAUUGUCUCUCCUAUGUCAACCAACGGAGCACGACUGCAACCUCAAUUGUGGCUCCAGUGCGAUACGCUCAUCUCGCAGCUGCUCAAUUUGCGCAAUUCAAUAAGUUUGAAGGUAUAUCGGAGGACGAGAGAGUUCCAGAUCUUCCUCGUCUGGACAAGAAAGUCGCAAGCAACAUGUUCUUCUGCUGAUUAAAUAAAAGUAGUAAUUCUGCUUCCUCCUCUCUCUCUCUCUCUCUCUCUCUCUCUCUCUCUCUCUCUCUCUCUCUCUCUCUCUCUCUCUCUCUCUCUCUCUCUCUCUCUCUCUCUCUUUCUCUCUUUCUCUCUGAACUAUAAUCUCUCUUUAGAGGAAACUUAACGUUCUGGACAAUGGAUGGCAUUCAUCAUCAUCUAGCGUACAGUUUGAAGAAAAGUAUAGAGGAGCCCUGGCGUAGAUUUUUUUGGAAAGAGGCUCGUAGGCUUAUUCUAAAUCUUAGCCCAAGUUUUAAAAAAAAAAAAAAAAAAAAAGUCAGUGUGUUUAGCGUUUUUGUUGAUUGUCAUAAAACCAGCGGUUUACAAGCUUGGGUUUUCGGAUUUUUAGUGUGUUCUUACCA